CAUUCAAAACCCAUCAGAAACUUGGGUUUAUUCUCAUGUCAUCCACUCUCGCUCGAGCCCGACAACUCCUCGCAUACUUCAGUAGUUCAAAGCCUCCUACGUCACCGCUAUCCGUAGCAGCAGCAACAACAACAACAGCACCACAAUCGGCCCAGUUCUCAACUGCAACACCAAUAACAAACACUAUGGCGACCGGCAAUGAUCAAAAGAUCACCAACUGGGUGAAUCCGUCAGAUCCGAGCGGGGAAUUCAAGCGUGGUCAGUCUGCCUUUCGCAAUUGGAUCUCCAGAGAGCCUGGCGCGCGGUUCCCGCCUGAGAAGGGCCGGUAUCAUCUUUAUGUUUCUUAUGCAUGUCCGUGGGCCCACCGGACCCUGAUCGCCCGGAAGCUCAAGGGGUUGGAGGACAUAAUCUCCUUCACAUCCGUCCAUUGGCAUCUGGGAGAUCUGGGAUGGCGGUUUGCAACCGCUGAGGAAAACCUGCCGGGCGAGAAUACGGGGCCGGAUCCCCAUCAUCAAGGCUUUGAGCAUCUCAGGCAGAUUUAUUUUGAUGUCGAUCCGGAGUACAAAGGGCGGUUUACUGUGCCGACGCUGUACGAUACGAAGACGAAGACGAUUGUCAGUAACGAGAGCUCUGAGAUCAUUCGCAUGUUUUAUUACGAAUUUGACGAUUUGUUGCCGGAGGAGUACAGAAAGGUUGAUCUGUUUCCGGAGCAUCUGCGGAAGGACAUCGAGGCGACUAAUGAAUGGACGUAUAACGACGUGAAUAAUGGCGUCUAUAAGUGCGGGUUUGCAACAAAACAAGAAGCAUACGAAAAAGCAAUAGGCCCCUUGUUCUCCUCGCUCGACCGCAUCGAAUCACACUUACAAUCCAAGAUCGCCACCAGGCCUUCCAAAGAUACUCCUACAUACUACUUCGGCGAUACAAUCACCGAAGCAGACAUCCGCCUCUACACCACCAUCGUCCGCUUCGACCCUGUAUACGUGCAGCAUUUCAAGACGAACAUUCGCGACAUUCGCUCCGGAUACCCCGCCAUCCACCGCUGGCUGCGUCAUUUGUAUUGGGAUAUCCCGGCUUUCAGGGAAACGACACAGUUUGAACAUAUCAAGAAGCAUUAUACGAAGAGCCACUCGCAGAUUAACCCCCUUGGGAUUACGCCUGUGGGACCAGUGCCGGAUAUAUUGCCCAAGGAUAAGGAGGUUGUGGCCGUGAUAGCGGCGAGAGAGUAA